CACCGCUCCAGGAUAAAAAAAAAAAAAAAAAAAAAAAACGUUAACAAAUCUUUGACUUCCUGGAGUGAAAGAAUGCAGCUAAUUUCUCCAGAUGUCUUUCAGAUUGGGAUUCUGUGAUACUUUGAUGUUGAUGCUAAUGUGAAUACUGAGAGUAUCUGAAUUUAUUUGAAUUUGAAACAACAAGAGCAGUUGUGGGAGUGUUGUAAGGAAACGUGGGAAACUCCUCACAUUUCCAGAAAAGAUACUUCCAGCUUGGCUGCUUCAGGCAUCAGAUCCAACAAUUAUGCUGUGGUGGCAGCUGGUUCUGGCUGUAGAAAGCCUUUUUACAUGCAUCUCCCAGCAGUCUUCAAUUCCAAAGAGAAAAUGUGUUUAUCAAGUGCCCCACGAAAGGAACCAUGAAUUUAUUGAUGCUGGCAUUGUGAGCGGAUCCAUGCAUCUCUGUGAAAACACAGACUGCUGUUUGGGUGUUUACAUGAUCAAAAAUGGCCAGCGAAAGGUUGAUAUCCUUGCUUGUAAUAUUGUACAGAAGUCUUGCCCAGAUGCAACCUGCACAGAGCAAUCGUUGGGCAAAAACGUCCUCAUUAGCUGUGUGUGCAAUACAGACUUCUGUAACAGCAACAUUACGUGGACUCCAGAGUCAAAACAGUCUCCAAGCACUGACUCCUAUUUUGCAGAUAAAACCAUGAAAACUGCUGUUGUGGUGAUUCUGCUUCUCACUGGCGUCAUAAUUAUUGCCAUCACAUGGACAAGUAUCCAUAAUGACAACCAAGAUGGAGAGGAGAAUCAACCAUCAUCCUGCCAUGAUUACAACAUUCAACCGUUACAUUCAUGUCAAUCACAAACUUCAGAGAAUGACAUUAGUGGCAUUGAACUCCUGCAGGUUGUAAGCCAAGGACAUUUUGCAAGUGUUUUUCAAGGAAAAUACAAAGGAUCUGAGGUGGCUGUGAAAGUGUUCACUGCUGGCUGGAAACAAAAAUUUACCACAGAGAAAGAUAUUUAUGAACUCCUAAAGAUGAAACAUAGUGGGAUUAUUCGCUUCCUGGGCACUGGGAGGAAACCAGAUGAUAAUAGCUGUUUCAUUGUGCUGGAGUAUGCUGAAUACGGUUCUCUCCAUUCCUUUCUGUGUAAACACACCACCAGCUGGAUGCAGUCACUGAAGUUGUGCCAGUCCUUAUCACAGGGACUUUCCUAUCUCCACUCUGACCUCCACAGCAAUGAUGCAUACAAACCUCCUGUGGCUCACAGAGACCUUAGCAGCAACAAUGUGCUGGUCAAAACAGACGGCACUUGUGCUCUGUGUGAUUUUGGAUGCUCCACCAUCCUCCAUUCUUGUUCAGGACCUACAAACAUGACAGUGAGACAUUCUGGUGGGAACAACAAUCAGGGUCAGGAUCAGCUUGGCACGCUGAACUACAUGCCCCCUGAGAUCCUGGAAGGCUCUGUAAACCUCAACAGCAGCUUCUUCCUCAUGCAGGGGGAUAUCUAUGCCUUGAGUCUGGUAUUGUGGGAGAUCUGGAUGCGCUGCUCUGAUUUAUUCAAGGGUGGCAUUGUUCCACAGCAUAUGUUGCCUUAUGAGCUUGAGCUAGAAGCCAAUGUCACACAGGAGAGACUCAUCUUUCAUGUGUCUGAGGAAAACAACAGACCCUCCAUACCUCAAUACUGGCAUCUACUACCACAGGGAUCUGUGCUGAAGGAGAUCCUGACAGACUGUUGGGACCAUGACGCCGAUGCUCGACUGACAGCCCACUGUGUUGCAGAAAGAUUACUAUCUCUUAAGCCUUCUUACUCACCAUGAUAAUUUGGUUUUUCUUUGUUUUUUUUUAUGCAGUAGAUAUAUUAUUUGUAUUUCAUACUUAAACUGCAUAAGCUUUUUUUUUACAUUUUCAUCAAACUAAAUUUCUAAGCACUUUGUAAGUAUGCAGUUAGCUUUUGGAGACCUUUAAGAUUUUUUUUCAAUCUCAUUUAAUUUUUUAUUACUUUUUUCUCUUGGGUUUUUAGGUUUUAAAAAGCAAUAAAAGUGAUUAAAUAAUAGAGUGUAACAUUCAGUAUAGGCUAUAUUGAGUUGGCUUGGACUGUUAUUUUUUUGGGGGUUUUGGUGUUUUUAGAGAACAAAAUUUGCUCCUGAUGUCCUUGAUCUGAGGAAAGGGUAAAGAGUGACUAGUCAGCAAUACCUCACAAACAUCCCCAGAUCACAUUGAGGAAAGCGAAUGCCACCCAUAUGACAUUCUAUCUAACAAAGUUUUGUUUUGUUUUUUGUGCUCAUGCAAACUGUUUAUAAAACACUUCAAAUGUCAUUUUAUUGGUUAGAAUUGUCCUUUAAAUAAAGUUGGAUCAAAAUAUGUACACGUGACAACUGAAUUUACGAUGUGAAAUUGUGUUUUUACUCAAAACAAUUGAGAUGACAUUUUAUAGAUCUGUUUUCCUGUGUGUGUCUCACAAUUAUAAGUCUGCAGAGCUUGGCAAACUGCUGGUUUCUGCCUGAGGACGUGACUGAAGAAAGUCGUGGAAGUCUGUUGGUUAACAAAGUUCAGAUCUCAA